UCAGACAUCAUGGUGAAAGAAAACCAUUAGACUUUUAUAUAAUAGUGUAGAGUAGAUGAACGUUGUAGCUGAAUAGCAGAGAAUAGAGUUGGCAGAAAAAUUGCAGGAGGCAGGAGGCGGGAACUUUAAAACUGCUGGUAAAUAAUCAAACCCACGUCAAUCCAUCAAACAUAACCUCAAUCUUCAUUCUUCGAAUGCAAAGGUUAAGUAAGACGAAGACCAAUACAUUUUACUAUUCACUAUUCAGGCCUAGCAGUGAUUUAACUUAGUAUAAACAAUACACCAAAUUGCUAAAUAAUUUAUUGGCUUUUUAAUAGUGAGCUACUAUAAACUAUGUUUUGAGUUUCUGAUUGAGUGAAAACUACAUAAUCGUCAUAGCCUUAUCAAGAGUUUGAUUUAGCCCUAUCUUCAUUCAGCCAGAACACAAGUCAAAAGCAGGAAACUAUGAAUGCAUCAUCGAGAAACAUUGAAAUUAAAGCAAAAGUGAGAAAUGUUGAAGAACUGAUCGCCAAGGCAAAGCAGUUGAGUGCCAGUGAAGGCACUAUCCUUAACCAACAUGACAUCUUCUUCCACACCACAAAUCCUCUUAACCGUCUUAAACUCAGAGAAGAGAACGGAACUGGAACAUUAAUAUCCUAUAGUCGCCCAGACGUGGAAGGGCCAAAGUUAAGCGAGUACGUCAAGUGCAACGUUAGUGAUGUUCCAGGGCUGACUUCAGUGCUGGCAGAUGCUCUUGGGAAAAAAGGAUCAGUAAAAAAACAACGGUUUUUAUACCUUGUUGGUCAAACACGAAUUCACAUAGACAGAGUUGAAGAAUUGGGGGAUUUUAUGGAACUAGAGGUGAUGUUGAAGGAAGGUCAGAGUGCAGAGGAGGGAGAGGCCAUUGCUGCUAAUCUGAUGACACAACUUGGAGUCUCUGAGAGUGACUUGCUGUCUGGAGCUUACAUGGAUGUGUUGCCUAAAUCCUCAUAGCAAAAGAUUUCAUUGUGCGGUACAGGAUUGAAAACUACACAAAAGUCUACUUCUGUUGUGUACAAGAAUAAAUUAGUGAUAAAGACCAACUCAGCAAUAGUUAACAUUCAUCAAGAUAAAGAGUUUCAUGUGCUACAAAAAUGGAGGAAAUGUGUGUAUUGUGAUACUGGUUAUAGACCUAAUUACUUCUCAUAGACAUUUUGCCAUCAUAUUUUCAUGAAUAAACCGAAUAUCGCUGGCCCUUAAAUGCUUCUUGGUAAUCACUCAGAAACAAUAAAUCCCACAUAACAUUAACUUCUUACUAAGUUUAAACAUGUUGCUUUGCAAACGAUAGGUUGAUUGCCAAAUAAAGUUACAUAUUUAAUUUCCAGAAACUUAACCUGCC